AGAUGUCAAAAUACGUAACGGUUUUUGACGUCUCAUAAAAACCGGUUAGUACAAAUUGGUUAUAUGGAUUUUAUUUCUGUAACAUUAUAUUUGUUUCCAUAAUUUGUACUAAUUACAAUUUUUUGUGGCCAGAAGUACCAUUGUACAUUGUACCUGUUGUUUUUCAUUUUUUUAGUUAGCAUUUUUACACAAAUAUGGCAAAUAAAAGACGUCGUCAGCCCUCCGGAGACAUAAAUGAUCAUCAUUCCAAAAGCAAAAGAGCUAAAUUUACCUUAGAAAGUGUACAUUUGCCAGAACUUGAUGUGGAGGGCACAGUAUUAGUCACAGGAGCAGGAGAUGUGGGACAAUUAGGGCUAGGACCAGAUAUAUUAGAAAAAAGUCGACCUGCUGCAGUGCCCUUAGAUCAUAAAGUUGUUGACAUUUGUGCGGGUGGUAUGCACACAGUUUGUUUAACUAAAGAGGGAAAGGUUUUUACUUUUGGUUGUAAUGAUGAAGGAGCUCUGGGUAGAGUUACAGAAGGUAAGGAGGAUGCAGAAUUUGAAGCCGGAGAGGUGGAAUUGCCUGGAAAAGUAAUUCAGAUAUCAGCUGGAGAUUCACACACGGCUGCACUUUUAGAGGAUGGGCGGGUAUUUGCCUGGGGUACUUUUAGGGAUUCUCAUGGAAAUAUGGGUAUGACAUUGAACGGCAACAAGAAGUCACCAUACGAAAUCAUUAAAGAUGUCUUUAUUAAAAAAAUAGCCUCGGGUGCGGAUCAUAUUGUAUUUCUGACGAAUCAUGGUGAUGUGUACACUUGUGGGUGUGCAGAACAAGGUCAAUUGGGCAGGACUACUGAAAGAGGAAGUAGUAGAAAUGCUAGGAGCGGAAUUGGUAAGGGACAGAUAGAAAAACUUCUAAAACCGCAACCUAUUAGUCUGAAAGCAAGUUUACGAUUACAUUUUGACAACAUUUGGGCAUCAAAUUAUGGGACCUUCUGUAAAGUAGCCAACAGUGAAGAUAUGUAUGUAUUUGGACUUAACAAUUACAACCAAUUAGGACUAAAGGAACUCAAUCCAUAUUUUAUGCCCACACUUUCAAAAGACUUUUCCAAAUACAAUUGGCAUACAAUCAGCAGUGGGCAGCACCAUACCAUAGCUUUGGAUUUAGAUGGUAAGGUUCACGCAAUAGGUAGAAAAGACUAUGGACGAUUAGGUUUAGGAAAGGACUGUGAAGAUGCAGUUGAGUUGAAACCUGUUGACACUCUGGAAGGAAAGAAGGUGGUAAAUGUUGCUUGUGGAUCCGCGACAUCAUUUGCUGUGACUGAAGAAGGAGAUUUGUAUGGCUGGGGAAUGGGGACUAACGGCCAACUGGGCACAGGCGAAGAAGACGAUUGCGAAGUUCCAACUCUAAUAAAAAGUAAACAAUUACAAGACAAAAAAGUAUUUAGAGUUAGUAGCGGAGGACAACACACGGUCAUUUUGGCCAUUCAGAGAGACAUCAAUGGUCAUGGCGACUCCUAAAGUUGAAAAAAUAUUCUAAAAAAUAAUUCUUGACUGCCAAGUUAAUGGUUAAAAUUUUGCAGUAAGUUAUUUUGGGUAUUAAAUCUUUUUAAAUUUUAUAACUUGGUAAUAUUGAUUAUUUUUUGGAAAAAAAAAAUGUAUUGAGUGCCUAGUUUCGUGGUGAAUAAACAGAAACAAGUGAAAUAUACAGAUUAGUAAAAUUUUAAGUGUAUUUAUGUAUGAAAAGCAAUAAAAAAUGUGUAUUUUU